AUGUUGAGGGUUCCCAUGGGUAAGAAAACCCUAACGGGAAUAAGGAGAAAAAUGCCUUGUUUUAGAAAAUUUUGGUGUUAUUGAUUUUUGCGAUGAAAUUUUUUAGAAAAAUCGAAACUUUUUUCAAAAUUGAUGAAAAAUGUCGGUCUAAAAAUCCAUUUGUAGCGCAAACGGCGUACUUUAGUAUUACUUCAACUAAAAUUAGGAAUAAAAUAAUUUUGGUCCCAAAGGCCCACUAAAUCAAAAAUCCAGUUUGAAAAAUUCAUAGAAAAUCAACGUUUUCGUUGUGAAGGAGAAAUUUGUGUGAAUCGAGAUUAUGAUUUUUGGAUUCUACGGACCAAAUUACGUCUGUUGACCGUCAUAAAUUUUUCAAGUUCCGUUCAUUUGAAAAUGGAAAAAUUAUUUUUUGUGUUUUUUGGUGACCAUUUGAUCAGAAAAACCCCGACUAAAAAAACCAAAUUUAAAAAAAUGUCUAAUUUUUUGAUAAAAAGUUUCACAAACACGUAAUCGACCAUUCUGAACAACUUCCACGACUCAAACGUUCAUGAAAUAGAUUCAAAAUCGAGUUACAGAUGCUCUAAAAAUCAAAAAAUGGUGUAAAAAUCCACCUAAAAUACAUUUUUUCUCGAGAAUAAGGCAUUUUUCUCCUUAUUCCCGUUAGGGUUUUUCUUACCCACGGGAACCCUCAACAUUCCACAUACUCUCGAUUUUUUCCUUGGGGGAACAUUGAAAACCAUUCCUUGUAAGCGUGGACCAUGUGCCAUUAUCUAGAACAAUUUUCAGAUCGAAAAAUACGUAUUUUUAAAAGCAUUUUAUGAGUGUGUCAAAAAUUUCCACACACGAAAAACACGACACAUGAAAAAUGAAUAAAUUAAUGGUAAAAAUAUCUUUGUAGAGUGGGGGACAAAUAAAUAAAUCAAAAAUCAAUUUGGAUUAUCAAUAAUCAUUUAUGUUGAUUUCGAAUGUUGAGUGUGGUUUCGGAUCGGGAUUUGAUGGUGUAGUUUGUUGAGUCUUCGAAACGACCUGGAAACAAAAUAUGGUAUGAGUGAAAAGGGUCCCUUUUAAAGGGAGCAGAUGUCUGAGAUUUAUUUCCAGAAAAAUAAAAAAUAAGUAAUGCUCAUUUGAAAGGCCAUGAUCUAAUUAGUACAAUCCUCGAAGGAAUCUGAGAUUUAUUUCCAGAAAAAUAAAAAAUAAGUAAUGCUCAUUUGAAAGGCCAUGAUCUAAUUAGUACAAUCCUCGAAGGAAUUUUUCUGGAAGCUUCUCAAACAUUAAAUCCAAACUGACAGCCAAAAAAAAUGAGAAUUCAGGAGCAGCUUCGAUGAAUUUAAUUUUUAAGAUGUUUGAAUCAGACUAUAAAAAAAACAAACUCUGGAUCAAAUUGGGAAUAUUUGAACCUAUUUUGUCUGAAAAAAAGUGAAAAUACGAAUUUCUCUUUUGAAAUUCUCGAAUUCGAAAAAAGCCUUCAUCAUCCAUUAUUAGAUGGAAAAACUAUCACACUCGAAGUCGAAGCUUCCGACACAAUUGAAAAUGUCAAAGCAAAAAUUCAAGAUAACGAAGGAAUCCCACCACAUCAACAAAGAUUGAUUUUUGCCGGAAAACAAUUGGAAGAUGGAAGAACUCUUUCUGAUUACAACAUCCAAAAGGAAUCAACACUCCAUUUGGUUCUUCGUCUCAGAGGAGGAAUUCAAAUCUUCGUCAAAACACUUACCGGAAAAACCAUCACCCUCGAAGUCGAAGCUUCCGACACCAUUGAAAAUGUCAAAGCCAAGAUCCAGGACAAGGAAGGAAUCCCACCAGAUCAACAAAGAUUGAUUUUCGCUGGUGAGUUGUCUUUGAUUAUUUUUAAUCUUCAAAAAUUAAUAAACUAUUUUCAGGAAAGCAACUGGAGGAUGGUCGUACUCUCUCCGAUUACAACAUCCAGAAGGAGUCCGCCCUUCACUUGAUCCCUCGUCUCAGAGGAGGAAUGCAAAUCUUUGUCAAAACUUUGACUGGAAAAACCAUCACAUUGGAAGUUGAAGCUUCUGAUACCAUCGAAAACGUCAAAGCCAAGAUCCAAGACAAGGAAGGAAUUCCACCAGAUCAACAACGUCUUAUCUUCGCCGGAAAACAAUUGGAAGAUGGACGCACAUUGUCUGACUACAAUAUCCAAAAGGAAUCUACCCUUCAUUUGGUUCUUCGUCUUCGUGGUGGUAUGCAAAUCGUCGUCAAAACAUUGACUGGAAAAACUAUCACACUCGAAGUCGAAGCUUCCGACACAAUUGAAAAUGUCAAAGCAAAAAUUCAAGAUAACGAAGGAAUCCCACCACAUCAACAAAGAUUGAUUUUUGCCGGAAAACAAUUGGAAGAUGGAAGAACUCUUUCUGAUUACAACAUCCAAAAGGAAUCAACACUCCAUUUGGUUCUUCGUCUCAGAGGAGGAAUUCAAAUCUUCGUCAAAACACUUACCGGAAAAACCAUCACCCUCGAAGUCGAAGCUUCCGACACCAUUGAAAAUGUCAAAGCCAAGAUCCAGGACAAGGAAGGAAUCCCACCAGAUCAACAAAGAUUGAUUUUCGCUGGUGAGUUGUCUUUGAUUAUUUUUAAUCUUCAAAAAUUAAUAAACUAUUUUCAGGAAAGCAACUGGAGGAUGGUCGUACUCUCUCCGAUUACAACAUCCAGAAGGAGUCCGCCCUUCACUUGAUCCCUCGUCUCAGAGGAGGAAUGCAAAUCUUUGUCAAAACUUUGACUGGAAAAACCAUCACAUUGGAAGUUGAAGCUUCUGAUACCAUUGAGAAUGUCAAAGCCAAGAUUCAAGACAAAGAAGGAAUCCCACCAGAUCAACAACGUCUUAUCUUCGCUGGAAAACAAUUGGAAGAUGGACGCAAAUUGUCUGACUACAAUAUCCAAAAGGAAUCUACCCUUCAUUUGGUUCUUCGUCUUCGUGGUGGUAUGCAAAUCUUCGUCAAAACUAUCGCAGGCGAAUUGGUUGUUUUUGAAGCAGAGGAUACAGAUACCCUUGAAACUUUGAAGACCAAAAUUCAGGAAAGGGAAGGAGUUCCACUGGAAGAUCUUCGAUUUAUUGCUACCAGUAUGUUUAACUAAAAUUGACAAUUUUUGCAACUUUCCUAGGGGGUAACAUUGAAAACGGCGGGAAGGGGGGCACUGAAAAUUUGAGAGACUCAUUUUCAUCCGUAUAUCAAUGUACUGUAAAAAUUUCAUCAUGAUUUGAAGUGUUGAGUAAAAAGGUUCCCUUGUCAGAAAAAUAGACAUUGUUAAAUAGAUUUUGAUUAAAACGAAAAUUUUCAGACUUUUCCAUUUGAAAAAUCUAAAUUCCAAGAAAAAUUCCGACAUUUUUUUCUAAUUUUCAUCAAAGUUUAUGAAAAUAACAAAUACAAUAAAAACUACAACACUCCGCUUACCUGUUGUUUAUCCCACACUUCUUUUCCCCCUCCUUCUCUCAUACACUUUCAAAAUUGUUCAUUUUUUGGCGUGCUCUAACACGCCGGAAUAUUUUUAUUCCUUUCAAUUUUAGUUUUACUCAUUCCUCUCAUAUUGUGGAAUUGAAAAAAUGUGGCAGAGGAUAACAGCGGCAGCUAAUUCCUCGUAAAUAUCUUGAAAAUUAAUGAAUGUCUGUGUAUGCGCGUGGUCGCGAUGUGGUUGAAAUAAAAUCGAUAUCGGCAAUUUUUUCCUCGAAAAUGUUGUUUUUUCACAAAAACGGUUAUUUUUUGCAUAAUUAAGUUUAAGUUAAUCAUUUUUAGGGUUUUAAUGUUGUUAUUUAUUUUUUUUCAGCAAAAAUGGUGAAAAUAUUCACAUUUUCAAACAAAAUUGAAUGUUAUAGGUUUUUCAGACUAAAAAGCUGACAAUUUGUGAAAUUAAUGUUACAACAACAUUAGGAAAGCAUUGAAAAUGAUUCACUUCAAUUUAUUUAGACAAAAAAUGACAUUUUCGAGGAAACAAAAAUUGGCGAUAUCGACCCCACAGCCUUUUUUUCCCGAGGGAAAAUGUUGGUGGUAUAAUGAGACAUGAGUGAGUUUUCAAAUGAUUUGGGCGAAAUCUCAUAUUUUGAGUUCGCUCACUUGUUUGGUUUUGGGUUCGCUCAUUUGAAAAUUUGGUUUGGUUUUGAGUUUUGAGUUCGCUCACUCAUUUCAAACCCGUUUUUGCUCAAAUAUCGCUCAUUUCUGAUUUGAUUAGAAUAGCUUGAUUUUUGGGUUUUCGGAUAUGGGAAAUCGAUUGGUGAUAAUAUUUCGGCUCAAAAGUGACUUUUAAAGGAACAGGACAUGAAAAUCGAUUUUUCUGAAAUUUGAAAUUUAAGGGUUUUUUGAUACGGGGAACAUCGUGGUGAGACCCAUUCGGUCUCAAAAUGAUUCUUAAAGGCAUGGUCCCACCAAAAUUUUUUUUGUGAGAAUGAAGUAUUUGGGCACGGGGAACAUUUUGGUGAGGUUUGCGCUACGAAACAGACUUUUAAAGGCAUAUGCCAGGCUAUUAUCCAUUUUCGAGACACAAACACUAAAACGAUAAUAACUCGGUCAUUUUUUAAGCUUUUUAAAAAUUUCGACAGUCAUUUUGACGUGAACGUCGUUAGCUAAAUUUUUGUCUUGACACCAAAAUCCAAUAUUUGCUCCUAAGGGAUGAAAAAUGUUGUUUUACAGAAAAUUUGCGUAAAAAUUGACAUUUUCGAGAAAAAAAAGUAUAUUUGAGCGAUAUUACUGGCCACUAUGUUUUUCUAGGCGAGCAAUCAAUUUCCACACUGCACAUGGAGUUCCAAUUAGAUGAAAGACUAUCUAGAAACAAUAUUCAUCAUAAAAAUGAACAUUUAUUGAAGGAUAAACUUGUUUUUUAUAGUGUGAAAAAUUGAAAAAAAAAAUAAAAAAUUGCUUCGUUGAGCAAAACCGAACCCGUUACCUUGUGACUGCGGGCGCAUCGAGUUAACCACUCGGACAAAGGUGUGCUCUUCUUCGACAGGAGAAAUGUUGGUGAAAAGGAAACAAAUGAUUUUUUUUCGAUAAAAAACACAGUGUGACUUUUGGAAAAAAUGUAGUGUCCUUUUUGGACACGUCUCUCCGGUGUGCCUCUGCCACAUUUUUUAAAUUCCACAAUACCAAAAUUACUUUCGUGCCUAGGUUACCAAAGAUUGAAUUAUUUAUCAGGAUAUUUUGGGCGAUGAAUUCAAAAUUUUUUUCGUAAAACUAACUACAUUUUUGAUUUCAGAUUGGUUGUCAAUGCCGAUGGAAUUCGCUGUAAAUGGAUUGCAAAUGAUAUGCAAAGAUAUCAAGGAAUAUGAAGAGAUUCUUAAAUAUUUCAAAUCGGAUGUGAAAAUCAAUUCAAACCCCGGCUGGAAUUCUACGGUAAGAUUUAUUAUCAUCAUUCAUCGUGCAAACAUGAUAUUUUGCUAAUAAUGCUAACAAGGGAAGUGCAUGAGGUCAAGUUCAGAAAUUUUGAUGAAACAUAUCGAAAUAUACCAAAUCGACCAUGCUGAUCACGAAUCCGAAGUCAAAAAUUGCCACAAAUGCCUGUGAGCACUUUUCUGGAGCUCCAAAGUUUGAAUUUGAGUUUUGGUUUGUUCCUGGGUGAAAAAUCAACUUUUAUAACUUGGAUAAGAUUGUUCACCACAUUCGAAAACCUAUAAGGAUUUUAGUUUUUGAAAAAAAUAUCAAAAACCAGCUGAGAACUGCGAUUUUCAAAAAAGUCCUGAAAAUACACACAAAAACACGUAAAUACACACGUUUUUUAAAGUUUUUUGUGCAUUUUUGAAAAUUACAGUUUUCAGCUGGUUUUUGAUAUUUUUUGAAAAAUUAAAAAGCGAAUACGUUUUCGAAUGUGGUGAACAAUCUUUUUCGAUUUAUAAACGUUGAUUUUCCACCCAGGAACAUGGUGAAAAUUGGCAAAAACCAAAAAAACUCGAUUUCAACUUUUUGAGCUCCAGAAAAGUGCUCACAGGCAUUUGUGGCAAUUUUUGACUUCGGAUUCGUGAUCAGCAUGGUCGAUUUGGUAUAUCUCGAUAUGUUUCAUCAAAAUUUCAGAACUUGACCCUAUGCACUUCCCUUGUAAAAUUUCAAAACAUAUAUCGUGCAAAAAGAAACUUUCGCAGAUUUCAUUCAUUCUCAGAAAAAAACCAUAGAAAUUGCGUUAGUACAUUUCCCAAACGUGGGGAGAAGGGAAUUUCACCUCCGAAAUAUAUGUUUAUCAUAUAAUAUUCCGCAAGAAAAUAUGUAUGUCUGCUUGCGCGACAAUUUCUUUUAGUUGUUUUUUCCAUGAUUAAGACACUCGGAUUGCGCCUAUUAGAAUUUUCAAUGCAAAAAAAUGAACAAUUUUCGCUUAUUUGUUCAAAAAUAGUUUUUACUGCCGUUAAGGUCAUUUUCAUUUUCCAAAAACUACUAACCAUACACCGCAGUUUUCAAAAUUAAUUUGCACAAAUCUGGGGCCGAAUUUACUAAAGUGGCAUACCAAAAAUUAAUGAAGAAAAAUUUGAUGUAGCAAAAAAAUUUGUUCAGCAAUUUUUGGUACGCCCAAUUUUUUCAUCUGUAAUUUUUGUUAUACCACAUUAGUAAAUUCGGCCCCUGGACGGGUAUGGUUAUGAGCAUUCUCGAGCCAAACUACAAGUAAACAAUACUUUAUAUUUUCAGAGCGCAAUACAACAGUAUUCACCAGAGCAAAUUGUAUCAUGCGCUGAAACGCAUAUUUUUGCGAAACCCUCGGACAUUUUGCAAUGUGGAGAAAUGUGUUGGAUUGGAGCAGCGCAUGCAGUAAAACUUCUAUACGUGAAGACGCUGAAAUUGAAUGGUGUCUCUCACCGAACCCUCAACAGCUUCGUCAUAAUUGCUCUCGAGAUAUUUGUAGAUGCGGAAUAUCGGAAUUAUAUCGAAACUUGUUGGAGAGACGCUGAGCAGUAAGUUGUUUUUUUUUGUAUUUUAAUUUCGCUUCGUAAAUUAAACAAAUUCAGUUUACAUAAAUGCUCAUAUGGGACUACCAAUCACAUCGAUGUGUCCAAGGGGAGGUUUUUGGCUGCUCUCAAAAAUGUGAGAGUUUUUAUUCAAGCGAUGCAAUCAUUAGAAAACGCCGACCUUGGUACCGUCUUUUCGAAAUACGCAUCGAGCUUUGAAUUCGGAAUGGAUCAAGGAAUGCUGAGAAUUGGAGGAUGUGAUUUCCCAGUUGAAAGAACUGCCCGUUACGUUAGUAACAAAUAUCCUCAAUCUGCGUUUUCGAAUUAGUUCAAAAAAUUUAUAUUCUUUGAUUGCAGUUAUUGAACCACAUAAAACUUAUGGAUCGUUAUUGA